GCAUGCGCAGUUACAAAAUGCCCCAGCGCCAGAAGCGACGGUAUCAGUAGUUCGGGUCAAGCAGCCCAGUCAGCAGCACACACGUCGCUGUCUUUUAUUCCUUUUUCUUAAAUUAGCCACUUUAAGCUUCGCGAUACCGCCCCCAAUUUCAGCGUCGGUACGGAGCCGCCAGGCCGGGACAGAGUCGGAGAGAGAGGCCUCGGCAAUGGAAGCGCUCGGACCCGGCCCUCCUCCUGCCCCUCCCUCUCUGUUCCAGCCGCCACGGCGUCCCGGCCUUGGCACGGUGGGGAAACCCAUCCGUCUCCUGGCCAACCACUUCCAAGUGCAGAUUCCCAAGAUUGAUGUCUAUCACUAUGAUAUCGACAUCAAGCCUGAGAAACGGCCACGGAGGGUCAACAGGGAGGUGGUGGACACCAUGGUGCGGCACUUCAAGAUGCAGAUCUUUGGAGAUCGACAGCCUGGUUAUGAUGGGAAGAGGAACAUGUAUACAGCACAUCCACUGCCAAUCGGGAGAGACAGGGUGGACCUGGAGGUGACCCUACCUGGCGAAGGGAAAGAUCAGACGUUUAAGGUGUCCUUGCAAUGGGUGUCUGUUGUCAGUCUUCAGAUGCUGCUGGAAGCAUUGUCCGGUCACCUGAACGAGGUCCCGGAGGACUCCGUUCAGGCCCUGGAUGUUAUCACACGGCAUCUCCCUUCCAUGAGAUACACUCCGGUGGGCCGUUCAUUCUUCUCCCCUCCUGAGGGCUACUACCAUCCUCUGGGCGGAGGCAGGGAGGUGUGGUUUGGUUUCCAUCAGUCCGUCCGUCCUGCCAUGUGGAACAUGAUGCUCAACAUCGAUGUGUCGGCCACUGCUUUCUACCGUGCUCAGCCUGUGAUUGAGUUCAUGUGCGAGGUGUUGGAUAUACAGAACAUCAAUGAACAGACCAAACCUUUGACUGACUCGCAGCGGGUCAAAUUCACCAAGGAAAUAAGAGACGUCUCUCGUGUUGGAGCCAUGAAUCAUGUCAGUCCACCUGGUGCAACAGCUAUCCAAGGCUUGAAAGUGGAGGUGACACACUGUGGUCAGAUGAAAAGGAAGUACCGGGUGUGCAAUGUCACUCGCCGACCAGCCAGCCACCAAACGUUCCCCUUGCAACUCGAGAACGGCCAGGCCAUGGAGUGCACCGUCGCUCAGUAUUUCAAGCAGAAGUAUAAUCUGCAGCUCAAGUAUCCACAUUUACCCUGUCUGCAAGUAGGGCAGGAACAGAAGCACACUUACUUGCCCCUAGAGGUCUGUAACAUAGUUGCAGGCCAACGCUGCAUCAAGAAACUGACCGACAACCAAACAUCCACCAUGAUCAAAGCUACAGCUCGCUCUGCCCCUGACAGACAGGAAGAGAUCAGCAGAUUGGUCAAAAGCAACAGCAUGGUUGGGGGCCCGGACCCAUAUCUGAAGGAAUUUGGCAUUGUGGUUCACAAUGACAUGACCGAGGUUACAGGGCGUGUGCUCCCAGCGCCCAUGCUUCAGUAUGGGGGCCGGGUGAGUACAGAUACAGGGAGAGACUGUGGCAGGGGACUCUCGCCGCAGAAUAAAACGGUGGCCACGCCCAAUCAGGGCGUGUGGGACAUGAGAGGCAAGCAGUUCUACGCCGGCAUCGAGAUCAAGGUCUGGGCGGUGGCCUGCUUUGCGCCACAGAAACAGUGCAGAGAAGACCUGCUCAAGAGCUUCACUGAUCAACUGCGUAAGAUCUCAAAGGACGCCGGGAUGCCUAUUCAAGGCCAGCCAUGUUUUUGUAAAUACGCCCAGGGAGCGGACAGCGUGGAGCCCAUGUUUAAGCACCUCAAGAUGUCUUAUGUCGGUCUGCAGCUUAUUGUGGUCAUCCUGCCUGGCAAAACACCCGUCUAUGCUGAGGUGAAGCGGGUGGGCGACACUCUCCUCGGCAUGGCCACCCAGUGUGUCCAGGUGAAGAACGUAGUCAAGACCUCCCCCCAAACUCUCUCCAACCUCUGCCUCAAAAUCAAUGCCAAGUUAGGAGGCAUCAACAACGUCCUGGUGCCUCACCAGAGGCCCUCCGUGUUCCAGCAGCCUGUCAUCUUCCUGGGUGCAGAUGUCACGCAUCCUCCAGCGGGUGACGGGAAGAAGCCGUCCAUUGCGGCGGUGGUGGGCAGCAUGGACGGCCACCCCAGCCGUUAUUGUGCUACAGUGCGAGUCCAGACGUCCCGGCAAGACAUGUCCCAGGAGCAACUCUUCAGUCAGGAGGUCAUUCAAGAUCUGACCAACAUGGUGCGGGAGCUGCUGAUCCAAUUUUACAAGUCCACACGCUUCAAGCCUACACGCAUCAUUUAUUACCGCGGUGGCGUUUCCGAGGGCCAGAUGAAACAGGUAGCGUGGCCAGAGCUUAUAGCCAUCAGGAAGGCAUGCAUCAGUCUGGAGGAGGACUACCGGCCCGGCAUCACCUACAUUGUGGUUCAGAAACGUCACCACACCCGACUUUUCUGUUCCGAUAAGGCUGAGAGGGUUGGGAAGAGUGGUAACGUACCAGCUGGCACCACAGUGGACAGCACCAUUACACAUCCGUCCGAGUUUGACUUCUACCUGUGCAGCCAUGCUGGGAUUCAGGGAACCAGUCGUCCGUCUCACUACCACGUCUUGUGGGAUGACAACUGUUUCACUGCCGACGAACUGCAGCUCCUCACCUACCAGCUGUGCCACACUUACGUCCGCUGCACGCGCUCAGUCUCCAUCCCGGCGCCGGCCUACUACGCCAGGCUGGUGGCCUUCCGUGCCCGAUACCAUCUGGUGGACAAAGACCACGACAGUGCUGAGGGCAGCCAUGUGUCCGGCCAGAGCAACGGCCGCGACCCUCAAGCUUUGGCCAAGGCGGUCCAGAUCCACUACGACACCCAGCACACCAUGUACUUCGCCUGACCAGGCCAGUCCUCCAUCCUCUUAUCAUUUCCUUGCCAGUCUUUCCUUCUUGUCUUUUUAUUUUAUUUCAUUUCAUUCAUUUUUCCGAAAUCUUCACCAAAGCGGCUCUUUGACGGGAUCCGACGUCCAGUAGCUUUAUAAACGGAACGAGCUCCAACGUUCCCCCGUCGAGCCGCCUCUCUAACCAGCAAUCUUAAGCACUGCGAACCCUGAGGUUUUUUCCCCACGCACAGAAGAAAACGAACAACACGCAUACUACUAGUUGAGCCAUUCAUUUCUUUUCAUUUUAAUUUUUUCUAUCUGAAUGUCUACACUCGUGUUUUGAACAUACACUGAGCGACGAAGGGUGUGUCCCAGCACCUCUUUUUCGCUCUCCCAGCUAAGCAGGACUCUGAUCUACUUUUACCUCAAAGCCUACCAGGGCAAAAUCUGUCACAAGGUCUUGGGUUUUAUCGGGU